UUUUUCACAAACACGCGCCUAAUGAAAACUACAAACCCGGAAUAAUUGGACUCUCCCUAAAAUAGUUACCUCUCUCUUUUCCCCUCUCUCUCUCUCUCUUGAGCUUUCAAUCUCCACUCUUCCACGAACCAGAACUGGUUGAUCUGAUUGGUUAGUUUACUGGAGACUGGUUUCGAUCGUUUAAUUGUGCUCAAUUCUCUGUAUUUGAGACACUGAGGUCUGAUUGGGAAUACAAUUCUUCUAUAUAGCUGAGUUGUGUGGAUUGUUGAUUCAUAAUCAGGAUUGAAAUUCAGUUGUCUUGAACUCGGUUGAUGAUUGUUGUAUAGAGGACCCAUUUGUUUUCUUGUUUUUUGGAUACUGCGAGUACCUGCUGAUGUGAUCUUGUGUUGAAAGAUCUCCAGGAGACUGUUUUCAAUGCUAGUGGCAAUUGUGAGGAUUCAUGGUUACAUAUGUAAAAGCUUAUAUGUUAUGAUAGGUUAUGGUUUUCGCAGUUUUUGGAGAUUUAGGUUAACAUCAGUUAUUUAGUGUAUUCGAAGACUCAAUUGUUUUAACAAUUUGGACAUGAGAAGCCCCUGGUUCAGUAAACCAUCUGUCUUUUUCGGUCCUAGACCGCCAUCCAGUUGGUUACUUUUGUGCCUCAUUUGUGUGCUUGCACUAAUUGCUAUAUUAGGAUCCACUUCGUCGAGUGCAUUUGAUUCCGUGACUAGCACUCCAGUGACAGACAUUUAUUCAAAUUAUAGAAGGUUGAAAGAGCAAGCUGCAGUUGAUUAUUUGGAGUUGAGAACUCUCUCAUCAGGAGCUAGUCGGCAAAAGGAGCUGGGACUUUGUGGGAGAGAAAGAGAAAAUUAUGUGCCUUGUUAUAAUCUUUCAGCGAAUUUGUUGGCUGGGUUUAAUGAUGGGGAGGAAUUUGAUCGGCAUUGUGAAAUGUCAAGACCAAGAUACCGGUGUUUGGUUCGCCCUCCAAAAGACUAUAAGAUCCCCCUAAGGUGGCCGGCUGGUCGGGAUGUGAUAUGGAGUGGAAAUGUAAAACUUACCAAAGACCAGUUUCUUUCAUCUGGAAGCAUGACUAAAAGGUUAAUGUUACUAGAAGAGAAUCAAAUUGCUUUUCACUCAGAAGAUGGGAACUUUGAUGGUGUCAAAGAUUAUUCACGCCAGGUUGCGGAGAUGAUAGGGUUAGGAAGUGACUCUGAAUUUCUUCAGGCUGGUGUGCGAACUGUACUAGAUAUUGGAUGUGGAUUUGGUAGCUUUGGAGCUCAUUUAGUGUCGCUGAAGUUAAUGGCUGUUUGUAUUGCGGCAUAUGAGGCAACUGGUAGCCAAGUUCAGCUGGCCCUUGAGAGAGGUCUUCCAGCAAUGAUUGGCAAUUUUAUGGCACGACAGCUUCCAUAUCCAUCAUUGUCAUUUGACAUGGUUCAUUGUGCUCAAUGUGGUAUUAUUUGGAAUGAAAAAGAUGGUAUGUUCCUUAUUGAAGUUGAUCGGGUUCUCAAGCCUGGAGGUUACUUUGUUUUAACCUCGCCAAUGAGCAAGCCACAAGGGAACUCGUUGAACGCGAGGAGGAGAAGCACAGUGGCUGUGAUAGAAGAAUUAACGGUAAAAAUAUGUUGGAGUCUUUUAGCUCAGCAGGAUGAGACUUUCAUCUGGCAGAAAACUGUGGAUGUCCACUGCUACAAAUCUCGUAAGCAGGAUACUCCACCACUUUGCAAUGAUGGACAUGAUAUUCCACCAUAUUAUCAACCCCUUGCAGCGUGUAUUUCUGGGACCACUAGCAAACGUUGGAUUCCCAUUCAGAAAAAAUCCUCAGGUUUCCAGUUGAGCUCAGCUGAGCUUCAAGUUCAUGGAGUUCAGCCUGAAGAUUUUUUUGAAGACUUGCAGGUUUGGGGAUCAGCUCUAAGAAACUACUGGUCUUUGCUUACGCCCUUAAUUUUCUCUGACCAUCCUAAGAGGCCAGGGGAUGAAGAUCCAUUACCUCCAUAUAAUAUGAUACGCAACGUGAUGGACAUGAAUGCUCAUUAUGGGGGUUUAAAUGCUGCAUUUCUGGAGGAAAAGAAAUCAGUGUGGGUGAUGAAUGUCGUUCCUGUUUGGGCACGUAACACGCUUCCUCUCAUACUUGACCGAGGUUUUGCUGGUGUUUUGCAUGAUUGGUGUGAGCCAUUUCCCACAUAUCCCCGAACAUAUGACAUGCUUCAUGCAAAUGGGCUUCUCUCACAUCUCAGUUCAGAGAGAUGCAGCAUGAUGGACUUGCUGUUAGAGAUGGAUAGGAUUCUGCGCCCUGAGGGAUGGGUUGUUCUUUCUGAUAAAUUAGGAGCUAUUGAGAUGGCACGGGCGCUUGCUACACAAAUACACUGGGAAGCAAGGGUGAUCGACUUACAGAAUGGAAGUGACCAGCGGCUACUAGUUUGCCAGAAGCCAUUUCUGAAAAAAUGAUUGGUCUAGCAUCAGGAGGGUCUCACCAACAUGGAAGUGUGAAGUCUUUUUAGCUCGGGGCAUGAAUCGUUCUGAUAGCAACACCGUGACUCUGACCGCAAAAACCCAAGGGAAGCAAAGCUGUAGAGUAGAAACGAGGCUGGCUGAAAUAGCUGGAAAGCAUGCAAUUUUUUGUCAAGGCAUUUAUAGUAAUUAAUUCAUCAUUUUUUUUUUAAUUCUUUGAGUGUUUUUUUUUUUUUUCCUUUUUUAAUAUAGUUGCUGUCGAGGGUGUACUGAUAGUCCACGGAAUUAUAGUUAUACAUUAUAUUGUCUCUCGAGCUGGAUUUGGGUCUUAUUUUUUGUAGGAGCAGAAAGGGGUUUUUGUCAAAUUUUAUUGUCAGCUGAACCGUUGAGAAGAUUAUGUCGAAAGCUUUCUAGUGAAUAUGUUUAUAAAGAGUGGAAAUGGAAGGUCAAAAAUUGUAGAUUGAACUCAAUUAUGUGGUCUUGAAAUCAAUAUUUUCUUCAUUGCUCUUCA